AUGGCGACAGCCCAGGCGUUUGGUGCCUUCAUCACCCAUGAAAGUCAGCCUCUCAGUGUUGUUCAUGGGCCUGCCCCUGUCAUCCAUCGAGACAACAUUACCGCUGCACCACCCACGGAGUAUGAGCUCAACGAACUACAAUGGGGUAAACGCUUGAACGGUCCAUACAAAGCGCCCUCAACUGGUUCAUUGCCCGUCGAUCAAUCUUUGCCUCAGACUCCCGGCGAAUUGGAACAAAGUCAGCCUCCCACACCAAAGCGAGAUCAGGCGGUUGAGGCGCUCGUUCAGUCUAUUUCGAACCCACCGAGGAACCGAUGGCGCGUAGCGGCGGCGAGUGUCAUGUUCUUUCUGAUGGGCAUGAAUGACGCCGCUACCGGUGCUCUGAUCCCGUAUCUCGAAAAGGACUACCACAUCGGAUAUGGCAUCGUCUCUUUGAUUUUCGUCACCAAUGCUCUGGGUUUCAUUAGUGUGGCGCCAGUUAUCCCACUUCUCGAGUCUCGCCUCGGUCGGACUCGAUCGUACAUCAUUGCAACCUCGUUGAUGAGCAUCGGCUACAUAGCCAUCGUCUGCUCUCCACCAUUUCCCGUGGUUGUGCUCAGCUUCUAUUUCCUGGGUUGUGGGAUGGGAUUGUUUCUAGCCAUGACCAACGCGUUCAUUGUCAACCUACUCAAUGGCACUGUCAUCCUCGGUUUCUGCCACGGUUUAUAUGGAGUGAGUUCAGACCAGCUCGCGUGGGCACUGACCAAAGCUAAUUUCUACCAGCUGGGCGGCAUUGUCUCUCCCCUCAUUGCCACGGCCAUGGUGUCGAGCGGCAUCUACUGGGCUCAUUUCUACUUUAUCACGCUGUCACUAUCUUUAGUUACUAUCCCGAGCCUGGGCUGGUCCUUCCGGGGUUUCGAGAGGGAUGCAGCAGUCCAGCUCCUUUCGUCUCUCGAACGCACCGCUUCACGGCAGGGUGAACUCACUAGAGUGCAGGUGCUCAAAAGGGCGGUGAGGAACAGGACCACGCUCCUCGGAGCGACCUUCGUCUUCUUCUACCAAGGUGCAGAGGUGGCUAUUUCGGGCUGGGUUAUCUCUUACCUGAUCCAUUAUCGAAAAGGCGAUCCCUCCCAUGUCGGUAAUGUCACCUCUGGGUUUUGGGGCGGCAUCACUGUUGGACGGUUUGUCUUGACCCAUUUUGCUCACAAGAUCGGGGAGAAGCUUGCUGUCGUCCUCUUGAUCGUUGGAGCUGCAGUCUUUCAACUUCUCGUCUGGCUUGUCCCAAACAUUAUCGAAAACGCCGUGGCCGAAUCCAUCGUUGGCGUGUUCCUGGGACCCAUCUACCCCUGCGCCACCGCCGUCUUUGCCAAACUCUUACCCAAGAGCAUUCAAAUCAGCAGUUUGUCAGUCGUGACAUCGAUGGGAAGCUCUGGUGGUGCACUAGUGCCCUUUAUCACGGGUAUAUUGGCACAAAAAUUGAGCACGGUCGUCCUGCAUCCGGUAGUCUUGAUCUCGUUUGCAUCGAUGACAGUUAGCUGGGCACUGUUGCCACGCAUUGGGAAGAGGACAGAGUGA